CUCAGUUAUUUGCAGGUCAGAGGCAAUCGGUUAUAUCCAGGUCCUCCUGGAAAUAACCAGCAACAGCUGAGCUGUGUUGUGUUUGUGUUUUUGUCGUCAGUGUUGCUCACCACUCUUUGAAUCAUCUUUAAAACUUUGAAGGCCAUUUGAUGACUUUUGUUCCUUUGGUUACAAUGACCCAAUUGAAUCUUAUUUUACUUUUAUUUUCUUUACUCUGUAAUUUUUCGACUGGGGAACUUGAAGACUAUAACAGGAUAUCACAAUCUUUAUUUCAUAAUGGUAAAAAUGAUACAUGUACUGAGUUAUUAGAAACGUUUGCUAACACCUCUGCAAGUUUCACAUUUUGCGCCAUAAAAUACGCUCGACCAAUUAGAAUUUGCGAGCAGUGUGUGCAGUUCUUUGAAGAUGUAUCUGAUGCCCAUGAAAAAAUUUUGAAGAUGGAGGAUGAAAGUGGUAAAUGCAAGGAACAGUUAAUGAACCUUGAUAGACUCUCAGUGAUUGAGAGUGGUUUUGAGUACAUCACAGGUUUAUGGGAUAGCGCCUCUUGCAAAUAUUGUUUUGAUGACACCAACCACACUUUGAGUUUGUCAAACCAAACGUCCUUUUUCAUGGACUUGCUGAACACUACCAAAGGUUGUUUUGAAAAGUAUCAAAUUGGAGAUGAUGUGUAUAAUAAAAGUGCUUGCACAGCCUGUGAAACACCAUACUGUGACUUAAACAAGUUUUAUGACAGUAUUAAGAGUUCACAUGACAGUGUGUGCAUGGAUAUUGUUGAUUCGAUGAAUAUCACACGGAUGUUUUGGAAUAUGAAAUUGCAUUGUAAAAUGGAUCAUCCCAACUUGGAUGUCAUUUACUUGUCCUGCUCCUGCACUAUUGCAGCGCUUCCUAUCUUCUUUUACCUAGGUGCCAAAUUCUUCACCAAUGUCAUCAGAAUCAGACUACAAUUUCAGACACGUCUUGCUGAAAUGUUGAAGCCAUCCACAAGUGCAGAGACAUAGGUUGUUUACAAUGUGAGUAACCAUUCUGACUGUGAUUUGAUAAUAUUUCAACUAUUUUAAAAGUUAUUACUUUCUUGCCAGUAUGUUAAGUUGUUUAAUUUUUUUCAUAUUUAUAACUCAUGAGUCUGUAUUCAAAAGACUAUAAGAAAUUGUAUUUUUGUUCUUUCACUUAUGAGAUAAUAACUCAUAUAGAGAGAUGAGGUGGUUCUAUGUCUGUUGUUUGUUGGCCGGGUGGCAGUAGUAUGCUGUGAAUAUAGCCAACUUCCAAGAGCAUCAUUCUAGGCUUAUGGAGUGUCUGGCAGCCAGUACCUUUUUCAGAAUUAGAGUGUCAAGUUUUUCCCUCAACUAGUAUUCCAAAUUAUUGUGAAGGUUGAGAUUGUAGCACACCAAUAAUCGAUUCCCUAUUCAGUUUAGUUGUGUUUAGUUGUUAUGCCAGAGCCUUGCUGCAGCUCAUUUCUUAUUGUGAUGAUCUUAGAUAAUUUAGGGUCUGUAAUAUAUAUUCUCUUUAA